CCGUAGUUCCUUCCGGUUUGUGAGUCGGGCCGGAAGUGCUGGUAACAGUGGCUGCUUCCUGGACCGUCGGGAGCUAAACUGAGUUUUGUGUAUCGUAGAGAGCCAUCUCCGCCUUCUAGCGCGCCAGUCGUUGUUUAUCGCCGCCGUUGUUCUCGGGUUCUCUGCCGCGGAAGGAUUUAUCAGUCAACAUGUCCAGCAAAAGGGCAAAAACAAAGACCACUAAGAAGCGCCCUCAGCGCGCAACUUCAAAUGUAUUUGCUAUGUUUGAUCAAUCACAAAUUCAGGAAUUCAAAGAGGCCUUCAAUAUGAUUGAUCAGAACAGAGAUGGUUUCAUUGACAAAGAAGACUUACAUGACAUGCUUGCUUCCUUAGGAAAGAAUCCAACUGAUGAGUACCUAGAUGCCAUGAUGAAUGAAGCUCCAGGUCCUAUAAAUUUUACCAUGUUCCUCACAAUGUUUGGGGAAAAGUUAAAUGGAACUGAUCCAGAAGAUGUCAUCAGAAAUGCUUUUGCUUGCUUUGAUGAAGAAGCUACCGGAACUAUUCAAGAAGAUUAUUUGAGAGAAUUACUGACAACAAUGGGAGACAGAUUCACAGAUGAAGAAGUAGAUGAGCUAUAUAGAGAAGCACCUAUUGACAAAAAGGGAAAUUUCAAUUAUAUUGAGUUCACACGCAUUCUUAAACAUGGAGCAAAAGACAAAGAUGACUAAAAGGAAAUGUCAGAUUUAUGCCAACAAUUCUUGUUUUCACUUUUGUUUAUUUCUGAGACUUUCUGAUAGAACAUGUUUGCAUGCACUCAGCUUUACAGCUUUUGCCUCUCAUUGUAUUUAUUCCAAGCCAUUUGGGGCACACUUGCACCUCUAUAAUCAGACUGGAAAAAAGGGGGGUUUGUCAAUUUUUUAAGCUGAAGUAAAAUAGAAUUGGAGAAAUGAUCAUUGACUUGUGAAAGCCUAAAUGGGGGGGGGGGGGGGGGAUCUCAAUUUCUGGUUUAGCUGGAUUUUUUUUUUUUACAUUUUUUUGUAUUAAAUAGUUUUAAAAUAAAGAUUGUGAACAAAAUAUUUCCACUAGAUAUAGGCAUUAGUUAUAUUUCAGUAAUUUCUGAAAUUUAAAAAAAAUGUAGAAAACAUAAGGGCCAAACGCUAAGUUGCAGCCUAUUCAGGAAUCAGAAAUUUCUUCCUCAGGAAGCAGUGUUAACUCCUCUUUUCUUUAUUCUUACAUCAGAUUAAAAUCACUUCUGAGAUGAGUACUUGUUCAAAACCAUCAAACUCAUCAGUUGAUGGAAGCUUGGGCAUUUGUUUAAUCCUUUUUACUAUUUCCAGAGACUAUAUAAAUGAAUUAAACUGUAGAAAAAACGGGAGUUAUCUAUUUGUUUUCCCACCAUCCCCUGUUUUCUAUCUACCUCCACUCUAUUCCCAGUGCCUGAUAGUUUCCUGAAUACUAAUAAGAAACCAUUGAAUCACCAAAAAUUAAACAAGUGCCAUAACCUUUGUAUGAGCAGGUUUCCAUUGCUCUCUUCUAUUUUUGAUUCAUAUGUGCAUUGCUAAUUUUGUAGUACUUUAAUUCCAAAUUAUGCCCUUCCGUUACCUAUUUUGAAAUAUCUGUGCCUUUUGAGAAUAAAAGCCUUUAAAGGUAUAUUACAUUUGAUUAAAUACUGCACAAAACAUUGCACUGAAUUAUGUAAUGAAUCCUAGACCUUACAUGGUCCUUUCUUCAUCUCUAAUACACUGAAUAAAAUACAUAUCCCAGUUAUUUUUUGGCUUUGGCAUACUAUAAGGUAUAACAUAGGUCUGCAUAUUUGUUACUUAAAAUAAAUCACAGUUUGUUUUUUAGGGACAUUGCUUCAUGACUGAAGUUGGCAUGUUAUAUAUACCACAGAUAUGUUCUAUUUAAGCACAAAUAUUUGUAUUUUGAUAAAAUGAGGAUUCUUUUAAGCCAGUAAGUUUGAGGCAAACAGGUGUCUUUGUAUAUUCAUAAGUUUUGCUUUAAACUUUUGCAAUCAUGAAAUAAAUUUAUUUCUUAGAAGAAA